AUGAGAGAGAGACAAGAGUGUUUUGCAUAUAGAGAGAAAGUACUUUCAUUAAACUUGUAUCUAAACUAG